AGCAGCGUCGGUUACUCUCACCUGACUUCUGCACGACCGACGAUUUAAACUCUACAAACUACCUGGGUCCAGAGUUUCACGCCUUACUAAAGGUGGAAGACCGUGUUGCACAGUGGACCCGCUGAACUCUCCUGACUUGCGGGCGAUAACUUUCAUUAUCAGGUUUAUCCGAAGGAUCUGCGACCUGUCAUCACCUUUCCCAGCAAGUGUGCGUGUCUGAGCGCAGUAGUACUUCUGUCACUUUGUGCUUCCAGGGACGAAACAGCAGUCAUAAAAAACACCCAGGGACCUCAGGCUAUAAGAUUAGAGCAAGAAUGGGGUCACGAGUUGCCCUGCUGGCUUGGAUCCUCAUUCUAAGCUUCACUAGGAGUGUGUUGAGUCUCAACCCCGAUGACCCCAAUGUCUGCAGCCACUGGGAGAGCUAUGCAGUGACUGUCCAGGAAUCAUAUGCUCACCCAUUUGACCAGAUUUAUUACACCAGAUGCACAGACAUUCUCAACUGGUUUAAAUGCACAAGACACAGGAUCAGCUAUAAGACGGCUUACCGGCGGGGAGUGAGGACCAUGUAUAGGCGCCGCUCGCAGUGUUGCCCUGGUUACUUUGAGAGCGGAGACUUGUGUGUUCCUCUGUGUACAGAAGAGUGUGUCCAUGGUCGCUGUGUGUCUCCUGAUACAUGUCAGUGUGAGCCUGGAUGGGGAGGACUGGACUGCUCCAGUGCAAACACAGUCAAUGGAACAGGCUGUGAGAGUGACUUCUGGGGGCCUCACUGCAGUAAUCGGUGCCAGUGCCGAAAUGGGGCAAAGUGUAACCCGAUCACAGGUGCUUGCGUCUGCACCGAUGGGUACCAGGGAUGGCGUUGUGAGGAGCCCUGUGAGCAUGGUUUUUAUGGCAAGUUGUGCCAGUUACCCUGCCAGUGUCUCAAUGGUGCUACCUGCAACCAUGAGACAGGAGAGUGCAUCUGCGCACCGGGGUAUACAGGAGCUUUCUGUGGAGAGCGCUGCCCCUCUGGUAGUCAUGGAGCCCAGUGUGAGCAGCGGUGCCCCUGUCAAAAUGGAGGAACAUGCCAUCACAUCACAGGAGACUGCUCCUGCCCUGCCGGGUGGACGGGUUCAGUUUGUGCCCAGCCCUGCCCUCUUGGCAAGUAUGGUAUUAACUGCAGCAAAGACUGCUCAUGUCGCAAUGGUGGACUGUGUGACCACGUUACGGGACAGUGCCAGUGUGCAGCUGGCUUCAGUGGACGCAGAUGUCAAGAAGACUGUCCUGUAGGCACCUACGGUCCACAGUGUAACCACAGGUGCGAGUGCCAAAAUGGUGCCAAGUGUCACCACAUCACCGGUGCUUGUCUGUGCGAAACUGGGUUUAAAGGUCCAAAUUGUCAAGAAAGAUUCUGUCCUCCAGGUCUCUAUGGCUUUAUCUGUGACAAGUACUGCCCCUGUAAUACCACCAACACUGUGAGCUGCCAUCCACUUUCUGGUGAAUGCUCCUGCUCUGCGGGAUGGACAGGACUUUACUGUAAUGAGACCUGCCCGCCUGAAUUCUAUGGCGAGGGAUGCACGCUGUCUUGCAGCUGUGCCAAUGGAGCUGAUUGUAAUCCUGUCACAGGUGCCUGUAUCUGUGCCCCUGGCUUCAUGGGUGAGGAUUGUGCUACAGUAUGUCCACCUGGCCUGUAUGGACCAAGCUGCAUGUUUACCUGCUCCUGCCACAAUCAUGCAUCCUGCUCACCGAUCGAUGGUUCCUGUAUCUGCAGGGAAGGCUGGCAGGGUGUGGACUGCUCCAUCCUUUGUUCUAGUGGUACGUGGGGUCUUGGCUGUAAUCAGACUUGCUUGUGUGCCAGUGGAGCUGCAUGUGACCCAGUAGAUGGCACCUGCUCUUGUUCUCCUGGGUGGAGGGGAGAGCACUGUGAUGAGUCCUGCCCUGAUGGGACCUAUGGGUUUGAGUGUCGUGAACGCUGUGACUGCCACCACGCUGAUGGCUGCGAUCCUGUGACUGGCUACUGUCGCUGCUACCCUGGAUGGACAGGAAUCCACUGUGAUAAUGUGUGCCCACAAGGCUUCUGGGGACCCAACUGUUCAGUCAGCUGUUCCUGUCAGAACGGAGGGUCCUGCUCUCCUGAGGAUGGCACAUGUGUGUGUGCACCUGGAUACAGGGGGACCUCGUGCAAAAGAACCUGCUCUCCUGGGUUCUAUGGGCAACGCUGCAGCCAGUCGUGUCCGCAGUGUGUGCACAGCACCGGACCAUGCCAUCAUGUUACUGGCCAUUGUGAGUGCCUGUCUGGCUUCUCAGGCCCUUUGUGCAACCAAGUCUGUCAGAAUGGCAGGUAUGGGAGGGCUUGUGCUGAAAUCUGCCUCUGCACCAACAACGGCACCUGCAACCCCAUCGAUGGCUCCUGCCAAUGUUUCCCAGGCUGGAUAGGAGAGGAUUGCUCGCAGGCCUGUCCCUCUGGGCACUGGGGCCCUGAUUGUCUCAACUCGUGUAACUGUCACAACGGAGCCCAGUGCAGUGCCUAUGACGGGGAAUGCAGGUGCAGCCCCGGCUGGACCGGUCUCUACUGCACACAGCGCUGUCCUUCAGGGUUCUAUGGCAGGGACUGCGCUGAAGUCUGUCGCUGCCAGAACGGCGCAGACUGUGACCACAUCACCGGCCAGUGUGCAUGCCGAACAGGUUUCAUUGGGAUGAGCUGUGAGCAGAAGUGUCCUGCUGGUACAUUUGGAUAUGGUUGCCAGCAGCUGUGUGAGUGCCUGAACAAUGCUACCUGUGACUACGUGACUGGAACCUGCUACUGCAGCCCAGGAUAUAAAGGCAUCCGCUGUGAUCAAGCAGCUCUGAUGAUGGAGGAGCUCAACCCAUACACUAAGAUUAGCCCAGCACGAGGCUCAGAGCGCCAGUCUGCAGGGGCUGUCAUGGGAAUCAUCUUUCUCCUCCUCAUCAUCAUGGCCAUGCUUAGUCUGUUUGUAUGGUACAGACAGAGGCAGAGGGACAAAGGCCAUGAGAUCCAGCCCAGUGUUUCCUACACACAGGCAACACACAUUAACAAUACUGACUACUCUCUUUCUGAGUGUGGCAGUACUGUAGCGAUGAGGACCAGUGGCUCUGAGAUCACUCAAAGUCAGAACAGCAGCAGCAGCGGGCAGUGCUUCUCCAACCCUAGUUAUCACACUGUGGCUCAGUGUAAUGUCCUUUCAACUAUUUCCAGUAACCUGGAUGGCACUCUGACACUCAAAUCAAGCACCCUGAAAAACAGAAAUGGCUCUGAAUGGAGAGCCUACUGCAACCUCAAUGACAUAGAUGUUCAGCAGGGUGAAGCGCAGACACAAAGAGGCUCAAGAAAAGAUUACAUCAAGAGCCCCAUGUGUACCAACAGCUCCUGCUCCCUGAAUAGUGAUAAUCCAUACGCCACCAUUAGAGACCCACCAGGGCUGGCUUGCAAACACACAGAAAGCAGCUAUGUGGAAAUGAAAUCCCCCUCCCACCGUGAAGUGCCCUUUGGAGGCACCGCUACACUCUUGGGCACUGUGAGCAGGAAUGUCUAUGAUGUUGAACCAACUGUGAGCGUCCUGCAGGGACCCAAUGGAAUGGCCACCGGCUUCUCCCAGAGCCCCUACAGCCUCCCUUGCAGCAGCCACAUCCCGACCCACUACGACAUUCUGCCCAUGCGUCACAGCCCCACACACACACCCCCACCACCCCCAGAAAGCCCCAGCUCUUUGCUCUAAAAGUGCACACCUUCCACUUCACAUCAACAGUGUGCCAGCAGCUGGAAAACAAACUUUCAGCCAUUGGCCCUUGCUUUGUCUGUGUGUGCGUUUGAUUAUGAUACUGAGAUUUUGAAAUGGAGAGACAGCCGCAGCUCCUCUGGAUGGUCUCUUUGGCUCCCUCACAGUUGCACUCUUUCCAUUGCCCAGUAGGAGAGAGGGGAAGAAAGAGAGUCCCACACCAGCGACCAUUCACCCAUUUUAUUUUCUUAUAUAACUAAUCACUCAAACUGCUGCCUGGCCUGUUUAUGGACCUCCUGAAGUGGAACGUUAUUGUUCCAAACACUGCUAAGGGCAGUAUACAUGAACUGGGUGGACAGUUUAUUUACAGGGAAAGAGCUCAUGCUCAUUUUUAUCCAUGAUAUAGGUUUAUUAUUCAAGAGCAGUGAAGUGUUUAUAAUAUCCCCUAAACAGCAGCGAUUGUCCCCACAUGAAGGAGGGAAUUGCAGCCUUGACCAUGUCAAAGUGGGCAAAAAUUCAUGAUGUACAAACAUCAAUGUAUGAACAUUCAUUGCGUAAGCGGCAGAUCACGGUGCUGCCUAUGUAAAGCGCGUCUGCUAUGCAGCGAACAAAUGUUCAUGCAAAAGAAGCAAAUGCUCUGCCCUAAAUGUCAGACAUGGGAACUGUGCUGAGAGUGUAGCAAGUCAGAGAAAGCAUGGAUAGAUAGAAAGCUAUUAUAAUGGUUCUGUAUCCACUGUUCACUGUUAUUUAGUAAUGAUCUCACAGUUAAAACUAUUGUAAGCUAAGUUUUAUUGUAAAUGAAGACAUGUAUUCGGGUCACUAGUGUUCAUGUAUUCAUUACAUUACUGAGAGUCACAGAAUAAGCCUAAAGUUUGGAUUUUUUACCAACACAAAUGAAGUGCUCCGAUCAUGUGUCAUUUUUUUUGUGGAAACUCCUUUUUUUUUUUAAUGGAAAUGUCUUGGUUUAUAUUUUGAGAAUAUUGGAUGUUAAGAUUUGAUUGCUUUGGAUAUUAUGUUUUGUAUUUAUAAAGGUAAUUGCUUUACGCAUUAAUUUAUAUUACUGAUGAUGUUUCUUUUUUUAUAAGUGUGACUAGAAAAAAAAAAGAUGAGCAUGAUCAGAUAAUGGACACCCACUGAUGUAGAUAAAACACGGUUUAUCUUCUUGUGAGAUUAGCAGUGUCAGUUUGUGAGCUGUUUUUGAAGUCACUGGAAAUGUUCUCUCUCUCUCUCACUGUCAAAUUGUAGAUUUAAAAUUAAUAUUUCAUUUGACCAAUUUAAGUCCCACUAAUAUCUUGUGCAUCAUUCAAGGUAACCAUAUGUAAAAAGUCCAUUUCAAGAGAGAUUUUAUGUUUGUUUCAGGCUAAUUAACUUCUUUAUUGAGUGAACAGAAUUUGAUCUUUGACUUUGUGAAUUUUAUUUCACCCUCUGUUGAAGCAAUAACACGCUGACAAUCGAUGCACAGACAGUGUUUCAUUGUUGUCGGAAAUGAUGAUGCCAUCUUUAACCUGUGUAGUAAGAAUUGAUCCUACUUUAUGUGACUGUUUGUCCUCUGAGGACGGUUUUUUAUAAUUGCUUUCAUAUCAAAGCUGGUUGUUGUUUUGGUACCCUAAGUUUGUUUUAAAUUAAAUGCCUAUUCUA